AUGUUUGUGCCGCUUCUUAGUGCCACCAACAUCCCUAAAUCAGUAGCCAAGCGUAGGAAUCCUACUUGGCUUUAAGCCUGGUCAUUUGGAAAGAACUGGCACCAUGGAAGACCAGGAGAUCAGUUUUAGUGAGGGAGAACAGCAAAUGUCUCCUCUAGUGUUCCUAGAGGAGGAGGAAGAAAGACAAGAUGAGGAAGAAGAAAAGGAAGAGGAAAGCAAAGAAAGAGAAGAAGAGGAAGAAGAAAGAGAAAGGCUAGAAGAGGAAGAAGGAGAAGAAGAGGAGGAAAAAGAAAGAGAAGAAGAGGAAGAAGAAGAAGAACAAGAAGAGGGAGAAGAAGAGGAAGAGGCAGCUGAUCAGCUCUUUGACUUGGAAGAACACUGGGAAGAAUAUGAGCUGGAAGAAGAGCUGGAUGUUGAUGACAAGAUGGAAAACAAGGACACUUUUGAAGAUGCUGGAGACCAGUCUGAUUCUACCAUUCAAAGGCAAAGCUCAGAACACUCUUUGGGCAGAAUUGGUACCAUUCAGCCUCUGAAGUCUGCAGACAGAAUUCACUUAUCGACCUCACUGAGAAGCCUCCAAUUGUUCAAUGACAAGGUCAGGGAAAAGAAACUGAUGGUCCAAAAAACCAGUGACAUGCUGAGUGCCUGUCGGCUGCGCAGCAAGAUGCUGGCAAAGCAGCUGGAUCAUGUAGACAUGGAAAUAGAGAGAGAGGAGGAGGCUGGCAAUGUUGCAGCCGUGUCCCGCCUGCGGGCCGUGAGCAGCCGCCUGUGCACCGAGCUGGAGAGAGAGAAGGAGCUGGAGCUGAGCCUUGCUCUGACACUCAAACAAAACUUGCUUGAGAUGUGGCAGAUAGAAACUGAACAGGAAAAACAUGACAUCCUCCAUGAAAAACUUCAAAAAGAUGAGGAGGAGCUACAGAUGCAAUACCAGGAGGAGAGAGAAGUGAGGAUUUGGAAGGAAAAAAUAACAGCCCUGCAAGCAGAAGGAACACGUCGGACUCGAGAGAAAAGAGAGAAGGAAGCCCAGAGAGAACGUGAAGAAAGAAAUAAAAAACUCCUCGAGGAUGCCAAGAGGAACCAUGAGAAAGCAGUCUGCUUCCUGAGGCAAAGCAUGGCCAGAAUUCAUGAACAAAAUGCAAAGGAAGAAGCGAAAGCUCAGGAGCAUAUGGAGAGAAGGAUCCAAGCUGUGCUUUCCCUGAAAACCAGCAUCACUUCCAACAGGGAAAAGCUCCAAACUCUCCAGGUUUUGAACAAAGCAAAGGCCUUGGAGGCAAAGAAGGAGGAGAUGAAGAUGAGGGAGGCCAUCCAAGCAGAAGGAGGCAAUGUUAUCAAGAAAAUUUUUCUCCAUAAACGACAGCAAGAACAGGAGAAAAGGAAAGAAGCUUUUAGAGAACAGCAGAAGUCGAGAAAAAUGGAGAUUGUGUCUCGAAUUUUGCAAGAAAGAGCUCCUCCUCACAAGCAGAGCAAAAGUCAGUCCCCUACUAAGGCAAUUAAGGCUCGUGGUAAACUUGAGGAUCCUUUAAUGCAGAGCAGGAAAGCCUGGCAAAGUGAGGAGACCUGCAGACAAGCAGAUGGAGAAAUAUCAGAGCUGGGGUGCUCUCCAUUAGUUUAUUCCUUGGCUGGGGAGGGAACUGCUUCCCAAGGAGAGAGUUCUGAGGACACAGCCCAGGAUGUGCUCCAGGAAAGUGGUGAUGAGGACACAGAGAGGGACAAGACCCUCCUGGUACCUGAGUUCCCAGGACUUUGGAAUCUGGAAUUUGACUUGCACAAGGUGGCCAAAACUGAAGAUCCAACACAGUUGGCUCUCAGGACAAUAAGGACACAAAUGGCUAAGAAAGAACAGGAGAAACUCCAAACUGGAAUUCUUUACAAGCAAAGUGUGCCUGCUCAGGAACACAAGGGCUGUGCUUUCCACAGCAAACCCAGCUGCAUUCAUUUCAAGGAUUUUGAUGUUGGUCAAAUCUACAAAAAGAAGAUAAUUUUGACAAAUGCAUCCUACAGUGUUAAUUACUGCAGGCUGGUGGGAAUCAGUGAAUGUCUCAAGGACUCCAUCAGUGUUCAUUUUGACCCACCUGGCAAAAUGUCUUCUGGGAUGUCCUGUGAGUUCCUGGUAACAUUUAAGCCAAUGAUAAAUAAAGGACUGGAAGGAGCAGUCAUGUUUAUGGCCCAGACAGGUUCUUUUUCUGUUCCACUGAAAUGCACAGUCAAAACCUGCAUGCUGGCUCUGGAUAAGGAGCUCAUUGACUUUGGCAGCCUUGUGGUGGGAGAGACAAUUUCACGGCCCAUCAGCCUGACAAACAGCGGCGCUCUGGGAGCCAGAUUCCGGGUCUGGGCGUCACCAGGUGCCACAAGUCCCCUCAGAGCAGCAGCAAAAGCUGCUCCUGCUAUCGUGGUCACUGAACAUCCCAGUGACUCUGAAGAGGAAAAGGAAGGCAGCACAGGCCCUGUGGCAGCUGGGGAUCCAAACCAGAGCUGUGUGGAGCCUGGGGAGGGGCUGAACCCCAGUGGAGCCCAGGAACCCAAGAGAAGCAGUGCCACAGAACAACUUGGUCCAGGAGAAUUAAAUACCAGAUCACAUCUGGACAGAGACAAUGAACAUAAUUUAAUGGAAGUUUCUCCUGAAGAAAUACCAGUUGAAAUUAUGCUUGGAAAGGUGACUGAGGGUGAGAUUGGACCCUUCAGCUCAGUGAAAAUCCCAGUCCUGUUUGUUCCAGCUGUCCCUGGGGACGUGAGGGCAGAGUUUGUGAUCGUGUUUGACAACCCAGACUGCAAACCACUGAGCUUCAGUGCCAUUGGAGUUUCUGUGGAUGUGCCCAUCUGGGUGCCCCAGCCCAACGUGGACCUCAAGAUCUGCCUGUACGGGCGGCUGUACCAGGACAGCGUGGAGGUGCACAGCAGAGCAACAACCACACUGCGUUUGAAGUUUGAGGUGUGCAGAGAACUGAGCAAGCACGUGGAGCUGCUUCCAAAAACAGGCUACAUCCAGGCCCAGUCAUCCUUCAGUGCCCAGCUCAAGUUCCUGCCCAGGCAGUCCCUUCCUGAAGAUGCAGGGAGUUAUUUCAAUGCAGAGACAGGAAUCCUGGAGGCCCCAGUGACAAUCCUGAUCAUGGACAAGGCUAAAAAAGUUAAUUUUACUGUCCAUGCCAUUGUUACUACUUCUGAUUUGGAAAUCAGCCCAGCACAGAUCAGCUUUGGGUACUGCACGAUCUAUGAAGCUGUGCAGGCAAAUGUCACCCUAACAAACAAAUCCAUCUUGCCACAGGAGUUUGGAUUUGUGGGACUGCCAGAGUUUGUUGAAGUUCAACCCAACGAUGGAUUUGGAAUUAUUCUUCCCCUGGAAAGCCUGACACUGGACAUAAUCUUUAAAGCCACCAAGGCAAAGGAGUACAGCUUUGAGCUCACCUGCAGGACAGAGAUCAACAGACAAUUCAAGCUGUCAUGCAAAGCAGUUGGAGUCCACCCACCUCUUGAAUUGUCUCAUUCCUUGGUUCAGUUUGCUGCUACAGCCCUGAACUCGGUGUCUUCAGCCACUGUGGAUGUGCUCAGUGCCCACCCUGUGCCAGGCAGCCCUGGCCCAGCUGGCCCCACUUCCUUUGAGUUCCACGUGCCCCAGGAGUGCCCUGUGGCCAUCACACCCUCUGUGGGAACCCUGCUGCCUGGCCAGAAAAGCUCCAUCCGAGUGUCCUUCAGGCCGGCGCUGUCGGAGCAGCUCGUCAGGGAGGAGGCAGCACGGAGCCUCAGCACAGCAGCUGUGCCAGGGGCAGCAGCACAAAUUCCCAUUGAUCCCCCUCAGUCUCCAGUGGGCAAAAAGAAGAAAGAUUCAAAGAAAGAACAAAAAGAACGAAAUAAAUCGAGUAUUUCCAUCUCCAGAGGAAGGGCUGGAAGCAGGAAAAGCCUGGCUUCUGUACAUAGCCCUGAAGAGCCAAAACCAGAAGAGUUAAAGCCUGAUUCUGAUGCUUACAGGGCAGCCCAGGCUUUCCUGACAAGGAGUUUCAGAGGGAGUUUUAACAAAUACAUCAUCCCAUGCUCUGUUGCAAGUGGCCAUGCCAGUGGAGAGGAGGGCUCUGGGAGCUUGACCUGCAGCCCUCACAACACCUUGUACCUGGAGCUGCACUGCCCUGCUGUGGCCCCUCCUGUGCUGAUCAUGUCAGACUCUGGGAUCAACACAGCCAAUUUUGGGGAUGUUUCUGUAGGCCACAGAAUGAUGAAGAGAAUUACAAUAGAAAACAUCUCCCCAGGGAAGCUGGAGCUGGGAUUCUCAGUUCUGAAUCCCAAUGGCCCCUUCCUGUUGGUCAGAGCAGUUGGAACACUUGAGCCAGGUGAAAACAAACCCCUGAUCAUCUCUUUUUGUCCAAGUGAGGAUAAAUGGUUCUUGGAAACUCUGGACAUCCAGGUGGCACAGACCAACCUGAGCCUGCCCCUGUGUGGGCACGGGGUGGUGCCCAGCACUGAGUGCUCCGUGGGAGAGGUGCUGGACAUGGGAUACGUCAUGGCCAGGGACACAGUGACUGCCACAGUCCAGAUAAAGAACACUUCCAGCAUGACCCUGCUGUUCUCUGUGCAACUGGAGUCGCUCUCACCAACACGGGACAGAGACCGGCAGAAAAUCCCCUCCUUUCUCACAUCCUCUCUGCACAGAACAGAGAUUGUUGGAACACAGAACUAUAAUGGCUUCAGUGUGUUCAGGGUCUCUCCAACAGAAGGAAAAAUUGAGGCUGGGAUGAGCCAGGAUCUUGUGGUUACCUUCAGUCCUGAUCAUGAAAGUCUCUACUACUCCGACCGUCUCAAGGUUCUGCUCUUUGGCAAGCACACAGCCCACGAGGUCCAGCUGAAGGGAGCAGCCCGGAAUCACAUCAUGUUUGUGGAGGGGGGAGAGCCCCUGGAUGUGCCCGUGGAGUCCUUGGCUGUGACCCCACCUGUGGCACCACAGGAAGCACUGGGAAAAGGGCCACAAGAAGCAGUGAGGUCCCUUCUCCUGCUCCUGGAGUUUGUGGAGGGCUCAGCAGAGCCAGCCAGGGCAGAGAUCACCGUGGGGGCCAUUCAAAGUCCUCAGAUGGCAGCCAGGAAGAGCGUGGAGUUCAGCCUGGACAGCGGCCCCGAGGUGCGGCGGGCGGGCUUCGAGCUGGACGGAGCCAAGGGAGCCCUGGAGCGCGGGCAGCUCAAGCGCAUCGGCGUCUCGUGGGUGCCACCUGCCGACCUGCAGACCAGUGACCCCCCUGUGGUGUCAGCCCUGCUGACUGUGAAAGGGGACAUCACAGAGUGCUACCGAGUCCUGCUCAUGGCCAGAGUGGUGUCUGCAGCUGCUCCCACUGCCUGAGGGGUCAGGCGAAUGGAAGAAGAUGGAGGUUCCAUUCCUGGGAGAUCUCUGCUGGAACAUGGGAGGAUUUUGAGGUUGUUGCAGAUAAGUGAGGGCAGCAGGGACAUGGGAGGGAAGGGCCAUGUAACAUUUCUGCUGUUUCACCCAAAGUUCUCUGUAAACUCUGGUGUCAGUAGCUUAAUUUUCCAGCUGACUCUGUGACAAUAAUCUUGUGUUAGAGGAAAGAAUUCCUGAGGGCCCCAAGCAGCUACAGCUGCUGUUAAUCCCAAGUCUCCCAAAUCAUCCCACCAGGAGGAAUAUCUGCUUUACAUCCACAUCAGUGAGUUUCUAUCUUUAUCCAAUUUCAGAUGCUUUUUGUAGGAUUUGGAAAGGCCUUGACUUUUUCUAAGACCAGAAUAAAGUUUCUUAUUCAAGCCUCCUCCAAAUCAUCUGGGGAGUCACUUUUACAAUGUUCAGUCAAACGUGCCUGGUAACAGGAGGUCAAGGGGGAACAUUCCUGUGCUGUUCCCUGGAUAUGGGCAGACACUUGCCAGACAUCCUGGCUGUCCAGGAACUUUGUAUUUCUAUAUUUGCCUUCUGCUGAAUUCUGGGUGAGAGCAGAAUCCUGCUGUUCUGGGGAAGCCAGAGUGCCCUGCAGGUGGAACUUCUGUCAGGAAGCAGAGAUGGAGAAUGGAGGGAGCAGGAAGGCAGCAGCCAUCAGACACAGGAUAAUCCUGUGCAUCUCUUAUCACACUCUUUCCUGAGUCACAGGCAGUCUGUGGCAAAGUUCCCUCCCCAGCACUCCGAGGGCGUGCUGACCUUUGGCCCUGGCUGUCAGAUCCCUGACUCAGAUGAUGCAAUCAGAAAACAGAAACGUUAUUUGUAAAUAUCCCUGUGGUAACGAGGAACCAGCAGGGGAGCAAUUGUCACAAGGAACAUUUAAACCAGGCUCCCCCUCUGACAGAGGAGGUUUGUGGGGGUGAAGAGGGGGUUCCUUGUUUUUCCAGCCAGUGUUUGAUCCAUUGAUGUGUUCUAUUUAAUAAUGGCUCGAGUGCCCGUGGAGUCACUUAACUCCUCAGUCUAAG